AUGCUCAGAGUCCAGACUUGCCCCGCUGGACCUCGGCCUUCACAGGAGCAGGGGCUGCAGAGGGCCGACACUCCGGCCUGGCUUCUUCGGGCCUGCCUGACCAGGCAGAGGAUGCGCAGCCACUCCAUUGGAAUGGAGGACCUGUCUCAGGGAAGGACACCGCCACACCAUGCAGACCUGGUUCGGAGCCUGAGGGCGGACAAGUAUUAUAUGUUUUUAAAUUUAUUUUCUUUUUGUUUUGAUAAGAUCGAACAUCAAGUGACCUUAGAAGAGCUACAGAACUUGAGUGCACUCUUUCAGGAGUAUGAAAAGAGAGGAAGACAGCUGCUGGACAUGGAAACGUUCAAAUGCAUAAUGAAACAGAGUAUGAGGUCGCAGAAUAAUAAUAUUGAACAAAUUCAACAACUUUUCAUGAAAAUAGACUAUGAAUCAGUGGGCAGAAUUCAAUGGGAUGGCUUGUGCACGUAUCUGCAGCUAGAGUAUUCAGAGCAAGCGGAUGCUUUGGCCCGACAGAAAGAGGUUUCCUUCCAGCUGCCUGCUGUGCUGCAAGGGCUGUCAUAUGGGGGUCCCGUGCUGCGCAUUCUCUCUAUGCCUGACGACACCUUAAUCAUGAUCAGAGAAGAUGGAGCGAUUUAUUUCUGGUCCCUGCAGCUGAAGUUGAAAAGAAGAAAGAGAGUUUUUGACAAGUCCACAAGUCGGAAGCCCAGGUGGGUGACGGAUGUCAUCAGCAUGCCACAGUACAACAAGCUGCUCAUAGGGACUGGAAACCGUGAAAUCCAGCUGUAUGAACUCUCCAACCUGGAGCCUUACUGUCAGAUUGGUGGCCUGGAAGCUGUUCCUUUGAAACUGGAUUACUGUUAUGAAGAUCCUGACAAGUGCCUGAUUCUCUAUGGCGAUGAUCAGGGAUGUGUGAACAUUCUGUCUUUGGCUUCUGUAGGUGAACUAUUAAGAACGUGGAAGAAGCUGCCCCAAAUUGAGAACAUGCCAAACAUUAGCAUUAAUCAUGCUGUGAUCUCUCCAAAUGUUAACUAUAUCCGCUGGAAAGUGCACGGAGACUGGGUUACUCAGCUGAACUACUAUGAUUCUAUCAAAGCCGUCAUUUCAAGCUCCAACCAUGAGCCCACCGCUCUAGUAAUAGGGUGCACUACGGGAACAACAAAUGUCAAGCAAAAGAUGAAAGAGAUAAGGGGCGUUAGAAAAGAUGUCGAGGCAAGAAGAGAACAAGCAUUCCUUGGUUUGCCCCAAAGGCGGGCAGAAUGUGAUCAUACUGUUUUUCACAUCUACAAAGGAGUCAAGGCAUUUUCAUUCUGUAAAAGAAAGAACUUGCUGCUGACAGGGGGAAUGGAUCGAAUCAUUCGAGUCUGGAAUCCUUAUCUGCCUGGAAAACCAACAGGUAUGCUGAAAAGCCACACGGCUCCAGUGAUCUACAUCCAUGUAUCUGCUGAGGAUAACAAAAUAUUCUCCAUGUCCACCGACAACACUAUUAAGGUCUUUGCCCUUUCACAUUUUGGAUGCAUUGUCCAACAGUUUCCGAUAGAGAUUGUGUUUGUUUGGUGUUUUCUUUCCCCAUCUUUGCAGCUCUAGAGGUCUCUGCAUUAGCAGAUACUCAUAUGGUGGUUACAUUCGUGGGUUUGCUUUGGAGAAGGAAGAUAUGUGGGCAAUUGAAGUGUAGUGUCUUAGAGAAUUUUCUGUACCGGGUGUUUUGCUGGGAUGAGUAAACCUUGAAACAUCUCAGCCCCUGUUUGCAUGCUGUCCUGAUUCCCCUGGAGAAAGUGUGUUGGAGGAUGAAGAGGGGGAAUAAGGGAUGGAAUGGGGACAUGCGGGAGGCAGCUGGCCCUCGCUACUAGUGCUUAUCUUAUUGUGCAAUACGCAUAGGGCAAGUGGGCCCUUUCUGAAAUGUUUUCUGUAAGCCUUAGAAUUUAAGCACUUCUGGCCCUGGUAGAGGUCAUGGUAACAUCACCUGCAUUGCUUGCCUUCACACCUCUUUCUAUAUGUAGGGUUCUACCCACCUCUAAAAUUCAGCUGU